UGGCUCUGUGCCAUGCUGCACUGCUUUGGGAGCUACAUACUCGCUGCUCUGUUACUGGGAGAACCACCUAUUGAUUACUUCAGCAAUAACUCCAGUGUCGUCCUGGCCACAGCAGUCUGGUAUCUGAUAUUCUUCUGCCCCAUGAACAUCUUCUACAAGUGUGUCAGCUUUCUGCCUGUGAAGCUCAUCUUCGUGGCCAUGAAGGAGGUGGUCAGAGUGCGCAAAAUUGCAGCCGGGGUGCACCACGCUCACCACCUUUAUCACCACGGGUGGUUCGUUAUGAUGGCUACAGGAUGGGUCAAAGGUUCUGGUGUUGCCUUGAUGUCUAACUUUGAGCAACUGCUUCGUGGGGUCUGGAAGCCUGAAACAAAUGAAAUUCUUCACAUGUCCUUCCCAACAAAGGCUAGUCUGUAUGGCACGGUCCUCUUCACUCUGCAACAGACUCACUGGCUCCCCAUCUCUGAAGCCAACCUCAUCUUCUUUUUCACCAUGUUCAUGAUAGUUUGCAAGGUUUUCAUGACAGCAACUCACUCCCAUGCCUCACCUUUUGCUCCAGUGGAAAACCUCAUCUGCCCAGUCUUCUUUGGCUCUGUUUCUGGUGGACACAGUAGUCAUCAUCAUGACCAUCACCACGGGGCCUCCCAUGAGGUUUCCCACUCUUCGCCUCCUCCUGCAAAGUCAAAAGAGGAGCUAAAUGAAGGCACAAGGAAACGGAAAGCAAAAAAAGCUGAAUAAAAAAGCAACCACAGAGUAAAUAGGCCAAGACAAUUCUCCCAGAGCUGAGUCUCAAAGCCACCUGUGACCUCCGUUAUCCUCCAGUCCUCUGCCAGACUCCAGAGGAGAGGUGGGAGCCAGGACACUGCCAAGCGGUCCCUGAAUUUCACUUGUGCUCUCUGUGCUGCUGCUUGCUGCUGGGUCUGUCUCUCUAUUCUGAUCAUAUUUUCAGGGAUUUGUAGUUUUGUGC